AUGGCAAGCACCCUGGCCACCAUGGGCGAGAUCAGGCGUCUGCAGCGCGCAGACGGGCCUGCGGCCGUGCUAGCCAUCGGCACAGCGAAUCCGCCGAACUGCGUGUCCCAGGACGAGUACCCGGACUUCUACUUCCGAGUCACCAAGAGCGAACACCUCACGGACCUCAAACACAAACUUAAGACAAUGUGCCAAAAUACCAGCACGGAGAAGCGUUUCUUUCAUCACACCGAGGAGCUGCUCAACGCCCAUCCCCACUUCCUCGAUCGCGGACAGCCGUCCCUCGACGAUCGGUUGGAGAUUGCAGCUGCCGCUGCUCCAGAGCUCGCCGCAUCAGCUGCGGCGAAGGCCAUAGCAGAGUGGGGCCGCCCGGCCACCGACAUCACCCACCUCAUCGUCAGCACCAACUCUGGCGCGCACGCCCCGGGCGCCGACCUCCGCCUAGCUUCUCUCCUCGGUCUCCGCGCGUCCGUCCAGCGCACGAUGCUCCACCUCAACGGCUGCUCCGCCGGCUCGGCUUCGCUGCGCCUCGCCAAGGACCUCGCGGAGAACAACCGUGGCGCGCGCGUCCUGGUGGCCUGCGUCGAGCUCACCAUCGUCGCCUUCCGUGGCCCGGAGGACGCCUGCCCCCACACCCUUAUCGGCCAGGCGACGUUUGGCGACGGCGCAGGCGCGGUCGUCGUCGGCGCUGAUGCCGUGGAACCCGUCGAACGUCCGCUCUUCGAGAUGGUAUCCGCUUCGCAGACUGUGGUUCCAGGCACCGACCAUGUCCUCACCAUGCGGCUCACGGAAGGGGGCCUCGACGGGCACCUCCUCACCAGGGAGCUGAUACCCAUAGCGGCUGAAAACAUCGAGCUGUGCCUGUCGGGCGCGUUCGGGCAGAUUGGAGUUGGCGUUGAAUGGAACGACCUCUUCUGGGCGGUCCACCCCGGCAUGCGUGCAAUCCUGGACCACAUCGACAGGGCUCUUGCGUUGGAACCGGGGAAGCUGGCAGCGAGCAGGACUGUGCUAAGAGAGUACGGCAACAUGCUUGGCGCCACGCUGAUCUUCGUGCUCGAUGAGCAACGGCGCCGAAUGGAGGAGGACGGAGAAGGGGGCGAGUGGGGUGUCAUGAUGGGAUUUGGACUGGGGUUCACUAUUGAGACCAUGGUGCUGCAUGCUACUAGCAACCUCAAGAAAAAUUAA